AUUCCCUCCUUUCCUUCUUCUUUCCCUCGUUUUCUGCUCGCUUCCUCUCUCUUUUUUCUCCCGCUUUUUUUCCUUCCAACCAAACACCAGAUCUGCCUGCAAUCCUCUUCCCAAAUCCCCAUUUUCUGCAAUCACUUACUCUUCCCUGCAUCUUGACCCCCUCUUCAUCUAUUAAUACACGCUAAAAAAGAGAAAAAAGAGAAAAAAAAAAUUAAAACCCCAGAAUCUCAAAAGCUUUUUCUCCCCCCUUCAGAAAUUUUAAUUUCACUUUUUUUGGUCGUUAAAUCUGGGUUGGGAUUCGUUUGAUGUCAGGUUCGCAAGCACCGAACCAGCACACCAUGCAGCCGCAGACGCAGACGCAAUCGCAGUCGCAGUCGCAGUCGCAGUCGCAGCCGCCUUUGAAACGGCAGCUUCCUUUUUCGUCUAUGAAGCCGCCAUUUUCGGUACCCGCUGAUUAUCACCGCUUCUCUUCAGCAGGGACUCGCCGAGCUACUGAUCAGGAACCGGAAGCCGUCGUGGUUAAAUCCCCACCGUUAAAGCGGAAGAGUGAUGCAGUCAACCGUGAAGCUGAGUCUAGCGAGUGGACUGGUCCUGGAUACACUGAAGUUGUUAAUAGUUCCCUUCAGACACCUGCAUCAGGAAAAGGAGGAAAGGCAGAAAAAACAUCAAGGUUAACUAAGUCCAAUAAAUCAGGAUCCCAAACUCCUGUCUCAAAUUUGGGUUCUCCUGGCAAUAAUCUUACCCCGGCUGGUCCUUGUCGUUAUGACAGCUCACUAGGGCUCUUGACGAAGAAGUUCAUCAAUUUGAUUCAACAAGCAGAAGAUGGCAUUCUUGAUCUAAAUAAAGCCGCGGACACUCUAGAGGUGCAAAAGAGGCGGAUAUAUGACAUCACAAAUGUCUUAGAAGGAAUUGGUCUGAUAGAAAAGAAGCUCAAGAACAGAAUUCAGUGGAAGUAUGGGAUGUUAAUCCAGUUCUCUCAGUGGCUUUUUGUCACAGAAGAGGACAUCAAGAGCUUACCUUGUUUCCAGAAUGAAACCUUAAUUGCUAUCAAAGCUCCACAUGGAACCACUCUUGAAGUGCCAGAUCCUGAUGAGGCUGUUGACUAUCCUCAGAGAAGGUAUAGGAUUGUUCUGAGGAGUACAAUGGGCCCUAUAGAUGUUUACCUUGUCAGUCAAUUCGAAGAGAAAUUUGAGGAAAUACAUGGUGUUGAGGCACCUCCAGAUGUUCCAUCAAGUUCAGGCUUUCAUGAAAACACAGCAACAGCUAUUAUGACAGAUGACAGUAGAGAGAAGCUUGAAAUGGAGGGACAGGAUAUGCAUCAGACAUUCUCAGAUGUCAACUCGUCACAGGACUUUGUUAGUGGGAUCAUGAAAAUUGUUCCUUCCGAGAUUGAUAGUGAUUCAGACUACUGGCUUUUAUCAGAUGCUGGUGUUAGCAUCACAGACAUGUGGCGAACGGAACCUGGGGUUGAGUGGAAUGACUUUGAUGUUCUAGGUGAAGACUAUGCCAUUACGAACAUGAAUGCAAAUGUAACGCAGCCCCAAACACCGCCGCUGCCGCCGCCACCACAAAAUCCCCCGAAUCCCGGCGAAAUGCCUUCUACUGCUAAUUCUACUGGGACCUAA